AUGACGUGUCAAAGCAUCCGGGACAACCCUCAAUUCCUUCCCCAUCGCCGCUGCUCUUCCACCUCUCCUUCCGCAUACAAACACACACACGGAAACGCAGAGUCACGCACCUUCUCUUUAGCCUUCCACAAACAAAAAGCCUCGUCUUAUCGCACUUUCUUUGCCCAUCCGCAACUCUUUCCCAUUAGAUAAUCUACCGCCUCUCUCUCUCUGUCUCUCUUUUUUACAGGUAAUCGAAAGAGAGUCAACAGAAGAGAAGAAUUGAAUUGUCAUCACCAUCCAUGGGGAAGAAGAGGAAGUCGGACGCCACGCGCAUGGACGAGGUGGACCGUAGCAUUUACACGACCUUCUGCAGCGCCGCCAACUCCCUCUCCCAGCUCUACACCCAGUCCAUGAACCACCAACGCCUCUCCUUCCAAGCCGGUGAACGUCACGCUCUGGAGAAACUAUAUCAAUGGGUUUUGAGACAACAAGAAGAAGGAUCAAGAGUGACAACUGUGGAUAUUGUUGCUUAUUUGCAGAAUGAGCUUGAAUAUGGAGCAGAUGAGCCCCCAAUGUCCCCGAGGCUUCCAUUUCAAAACCAGCACGCCCAGAAUGCAAUGCACCUGACUAGUAUGGGUGCCCCGGUCUCUUCCAGUCCCUUUGUGAAUAUCGCAACUGUUGGUCAAGGAGUUCGUUCCGGGCAAUCCGAUAAUCAAGCUAAGAACUCUGUUUUCUCUAAUGCUCUCUCCAGCCCAGUUCGAAGGAGCAUUCAGUCUUAUCAUCUCGCACAAGGGGCUUCACAAGGACCUCCGAAUAGUGAGACAAACUAUUGUCAUCUCCAAAACCGGGAUUCCAACUCCGCAAGCUCAAAUGACUGCAUGGACAUGCAUGCAGAUAGUCCAGGUGGUCAUGAAUUUCCAUACUGAAAGGAUAAAUGAUCUACUCUCUGUAAUUUCUGUUGGGUCAGGAGUCUUCUGUUGUCGGAGAUGUUGAAACUGCUGCAUAUUUUGAUAAUUUUACUUGUUUAUUCAGUUUAUUAUUGCCAAA